AUGGCGCCUAGACCUCCUCCUCCUCCACCUCCCCAACCCGAUCAGACUGAGAUGAUGCGGAUGAUGGAGUCAGUCAUGAACUCCAUGCAACAACAAAAUCAUGCACUAGUCCAACAAAAUACCAUGGCACUCCAAAACUUAGAAGCCGCUAGAGUGGCCUCGAAAAGUGCUAGGGUGGCAGCCGAGGCCACCCAAAGACAGUUCUUGGAGGUGAUGACUAGUGGCAGGAUUCCCACCGGUCCUUCUUCUUCUUCUUCGGCUGCUCCAACUCAAGAAUGGAGUUUGGAAAAUUUCUUGCAGCAUCAUCCCGCCAAGUUUGAUGGCAAGUGCUCACCAGAUGAAGCCGAUCAGUGGCUUCGUGAUAUGGAGAGAGUCUACAACGCCAAGAGGUGCCCUGAUGAAAACAGGUUGUCCUAUACUGAGUAUCUAUUGACUGGAGAGGCAAGCCACUGGUGGAGCAGUGCACGGAUGAUCUUGGAGGGAACUAGAACCCCUAUCACAUGGGACUUAUUCAAGAAGAAGUUCUACAGGGAAUACUUCCCUGACACUCUUAGAUAUGCUAAAGAAGUGGAGUUUUUGGAGCUAGUGCAGGGAAACAUGUCAGUAUCUGAGUAUACUGACCGUUUCAAACAUCUUCUUAGAUUUAACACCGUGACAGUGGAUGAAGAGUGGUCGUGCCGCAAGUUUGAAAAUGGGUUGCGUGGUGACAUCAAGCUCUUGGUGAAAGGUCACCGUCUGAGGGAGUUUCCAGCUCUUGUAGAGAUGGCUAGGGAUAUGGAGAAGACAGAGAGAGAAGCUGAGGGAUACCCGAGCCGUCAGGCCCAGCCACUGAGGGUUGGGGGACCAGCCAUGUCUAGAGGCGGGUCCAGUUCCAGGAAGACACCAUACUCCAGAUCUUCUUCUUCUCGUAGUUCUGGAGGAUCUUCUCAGCCUUCCGUUCAGUCGAGCCAGUCCUCAUCUCUAAGCGGCGUGAGAUGCUAUGGAUGUGGCGGUUCGCACUACUUAUCUUCAUGUCCCUAG